AUGGCUGAAGAGGUAGCCAGCUUUUCCAUAAAUCCCGUGCGACUUCCAAGCGACCUGUCAGAUACCAUUGCUCUCUUUUAUGCCUAUGCUGAGUCGUUAGGCUUCGACCUAUCUUUCCAAAAUUUUGACGACGAAAUGGCGGGAAUGCCAGGGAAGUAUUCCCCUCCGCAAGGAGAAUUGCUCUUGGCCCGGAACGAGGCUGGGCUCGCUAUCGGAUGUGUCGGGCUGCGGCCUCUCCCCUCUACUGAAGUGGGAGGUAAGAUAUGCGAGAUGAAGCGCCUGUACGUCACGCCAGCGGGGCGAGGGACUGGAGUCGGCAAAGCCCUGGCCUCCGCCGUCAUUGCCGUAGCAGAGAAGCUUGGGUACGAUGAAAUGAGGCUGGACACCCUGCCGAGCAUGACCACAGCAUUAAGGAUGUACCGCCACUUCGGGUUCCAAAACAUCGCCGCAUAUUAUGAGACACCUCUGGAAGGGACUCAUUUUCUCAGCCUGAAGCUGCCAAGGGAGGCAAAAGAGCGAACCCGAACCGAAAGUAGGAAUAGUUGA